AAUCAAGUAGGAAUUGAACUGAACUAGGAUAGACCCGCGCUCCAUUUAAACCUUCCUUUGCAGCAAUCCCACUUCUUUUCAACCUAUUCCCAUACCUGGAGUCUUCUGACGAUCAUCAUGCGUCUUCUAAGAGUUGGAAAUGACGGCGAAUUCAGCCUAGCUGAGUUUGUUGGCGAUAGCAUUCCGCCCUAUACUAUUCUUUCGCACACUUGGGGAGAGGACUGUGAAGAGGUUACCUUUAAAGACUUGGUAGAGGGUACAGGGAAGAGCAAGCUUGGCUAUGAGAAGAUCCGUUUCUGCGGGAAGCAAAGUGCAAAUGACAACCUCCAGUUCUUCUGGGUGGACACCUGCUGUAUCGACAAAUCAAGCAGCGCGGAGCUUUUAGAGGCGAUUAACUCCAUGUUUCACUGGUAUCAUAAUGCGGCUAAAUGCUAUGCGUACCUCUCUGAUGUUUCGAUCAGUGACUCCGUCAGGAACACCCUGUCCUCUCAGCAGACAUGGAAAACAGCGUUUAGACACAGCCGAUGGUUUACUCGGGGCUGGACGCUCCAAGAGCUUGUUGCUCCGACAUGUGUCGAAUUUUUUUCCCUUGAGGGCGAGCGACUUGGCGACAAAGAAUCAAUGGUGCAAGAAAUUCAAGAGAUCACGGGAAUCAGCAUUCAAGCUCUUCAAGGAAGCCCUCUUUCUCGAUUCGGCGUUGAUGAGCGAAUGUCAUGGGCAAGAAGCCGCGACACCAAACGCGAAGAGGACGCUGCAUACUCUUUGCUAGGCAUUUUCGGCGUACAUAUGCCGCUCAUAUAUGGGGAGGGACGGAGAAAUGCGUUCAUUCGGCUUAAAAGAGAGAUACAAGAGUCUUCAAGGAACUAUGGGUCCGAACUUUUUGAGUUCGUCUUGCAAACGGGCACAACAUUGCACGAGACUGACGACACCGUUAAGUUCCUGAUGGGUGACAUGAACAAAGAUGGCCGGCCAGACUUGGUCGCUGUCAAGAUGAGCGGCACUAGCAGCAACAGCACGGAAGUCUACAUCCUUUCUGGAGCCUCAGGAUUCAAGACAUUCAUUACCCAAACGGGAACUGGCCUGCACGAGACAUCGACUGCACACUUUGAUUUUGCCCUCACAGACUGGAAUGGUGACAACACCUUGGAUCUCGUCGUGAUCAAGAAAAACGGCACCGAUACCAAGAGCACUGAGGUCCAGAUCCUCUCCGGAGCCUCCAAUUUCCAAAGCUUCAUUCUACAAACCGGGACCGCGCUGCAAGAAACUGACGACACCUUCGCCUUUGCUAUGGGAAAAUGGGACGCUGCCAGCAAGCCGGACUUGUUCGCGAUCAAGAAAUCCAAGACCGGCACCAAGAGCACUGAAAUGCACAUCCUGUCCGGCGCGUCGGGAUUCCAGAAAUUCAUUCUGCAGACAGGCACUGGCCUGCAUGAAACUGAUGCCACGUUCGACUUCGCCGUCGCAGACUGGAACGCUGACGGGUGCCCCGAUCUGGUUGUGGUGAAGAAAAGUAAUACUAGCAGUGGCAGCACUGAGUUGCAUGUGCUAUCGGGUGCGUCAAACUACAAGAACUUCAUCCUGCACUCAGAAACGGCGCUACAUAGGACUCUCGGCAUGUUUGAGUUCAUGGUCGCCGACUGGACGCGUGACGGGGGGCUGGAUUUGGUGGCGAUCAAGAAGAGGAAUACCGAGAGUCACAGCACCGAGGUGCACAUUAUGGGUGGACGAGGCUGAAUAUUUCAAGGGCAAGGAUCACGACCAUGGUGAAUAACUUCACGGUUGUCAUGAACUCUAAAUCACAGGCAGCAGGAUGCUGCCUAGACGAUCGGCAGACUGACCAUGAGUAUAAGAGACCAACUCUCAUCGCUCCUUUAGAUAGAAAAUCAAG